GUACAUUUUGAUUGGAUGUUAAUUGAGAGAGCGAGUAUAUGUGAUUAAAUCGGGCGCAUUGCUCCCUCUUUUUUCUUUUUUUUUUCUUUUUCGUAAAUACAAUCUCUCUCUUUCCCUCUUUUUUCUUCUUUUCUUAAUCUUUAGUAAGCAGUCAUGGAUAGUGUAAAAGAACAAAUGGAAGCUUUUAGUACAAAAGCAGAAGACUUCCUUGACAGAGUAGGUCAACCUUUGAAGCCAUACAUUCCCGCCAUGUCGAGAUUCCUUAUUGUGGCUACAUUCCUCGAAGAUUCCCUUAGAAUAGUGACGCAGUGGAGUGACCAAAUUAGUUUUAUGGAACAAAGCAGACACUUUCCUACAGGUAUCAGCCACAUUUUUCUUGGCUUAAACGUUUUGACCAUGUUGGUGGCUUCUUUCUGCAUUGUAGCUAAAAGACACCAAGCCUAUGCUAUCUAUGGUCUUAUGGGUGUUAUUGUAGCUCAAGCAUUUGGUUAUGGUUUGAUUUUCGAUAUGUCCUUCUUCUUGCGUAACUUGUCAGUGAUGGGUGGCUUAAUGAUGGUCUUGUCAGAAACAAUGGUGAAGCGUAAACAAAUGUUUGCUGCCUUACCACAGAUGUCUGAAACAAACCGUCGCAUGUAUUUGCAAUUGGCUGGCCGUAUCUUGCUUAUCUUUUUGUUUAUCGGUUCUGCUUUCCAUGGUGACUGGUCUAUCUUACGUCUUGCUGUCUCUCUUUUGGGCUUGGCUGCCUGUGUGAUGGUGGCUGUUGGUUUCAAGGCUAAAUGGUCUGCCAUGUUCUUGGUCUUGUUCCUCUCUGUCCUUAAUGUGUUUGUAAAUAACUUUUGGUCUGUCCAACACAGCUAUUAUAAGCGUGAUUUCUUAAGAUAUGAUUUCUUCCAGUCCUUAAGUACAGUUGGUGGUUUCUUAUUAUUGGUCAGCACUGGUCCUGGUGGUUUAAGUUAUGACGAAAAGAAGAAGGAGUUUUGAGGAGUAACGACACUCUUGUUGGAUAACAAAAAAAAAUAUAAUUAUUAAAAAGUGAAUACAAUUCAAAUGUUUACCAUACCAAUUAAGGGCCUUUUUUCCUUAAAUGUACUGUUGUAUAGUAAAGUAACACUCUUCUUUUUC